CAGUGUUCCAGUGAACUUGACAGUAAAGUGCUGAUGGCUAAUUCAGUCUGAAUUGUGAAUACGACUCUGAUUGCUCAUAACAUGCAAAUUGUCUGUUGAUGCUGAACGGACUUUUCUGACUUUAUUCUAAAAGAAAAAUGUUUCUUAAUAUUGGCUUGUGGCUAAUAAUUGGCCUGAUUAUCAUCUGGGCCUUAAUGGCCCUCUUCACUCGAGUUUUUUACGCCCUCUGGGAAAUUUUUAUUCCAAUAUGGAAUUCAAAGCCCAUUGAUUUGAGGACAACUUUUGGUGAAUGGGCAGUCGUAACAGGUUCCACGGACGGAAUUGGAAAAGCUUAUUCCAAGGAACUUGCUGCCAGGGGUCUGAAUUUAAUUCUCAUAAGCAGAACCUUGGAGAAACUAGAAAAAUCGAGAAAUGAGAUUUUGGAAAUUAAUCCAAAAAUUCAAGUCAAAAUAAUAGUAGCUGACUUUAGUAAAGGGAAAGAGGAUUUCGCAAAAAUUGAAUCACAAUUGAAGGGCAUCCCCAUUGGAAUUUUAGUGAACAAUGUGGGAAUAAAUUACUCCUACCCCAUGUAUCUUGGUGAGGUUCCCGAAGAUGAACUAUGGGAUAUCAUAAACGUGAAUAUAGGCGCGACAACAAUGAUGACCCGAUUAUUAAUUGGUCAGAUGAAGGAUCGUAAAAAGGGAGCAAUUGUUAAUAUUUCCUCUGGCUCGGAAUUACAACCCCUCCCAUUAAUGACUGUCUAUGCAGCCACAAAAGUGUUCAUCAAAAGUUUUUCUGAAGCCCUGAGAGCCGAAUAUACUGGAUCCGGACUCACAAUUCAACAUCUCAGGCCUCUCUUCGUCAGCACAAAAAUAAAUGCCUUCAGUCAAAGACUCAUGGUUUCUAAUCUCCUUGUGCCUGACCCAGCAACUUACGCCAGGCACGCAAUCGCCACGCUUGGAAAACUCGACUCGAGUUCAGGUUAUUGGUCGCAUGGCAUUCAGACAUUUUUCACUAUUCUUCCGCCUGUGUGGAUAAGAACUAAAGUCGGUCAGCUUAUGAAUCAGUCGUUGAGAAAUGAAUAUUUUAAAAACAAAAGUGCUUAAUCUCAAAUGAGUCGAUGUGUGGAUUUCUUUACGAGUGACAAUUUUCGAAAAUUGUUCGCAUAUUAAUGAAGUGGAACGAGCGAGAAAUGUCGUAAAUUCCACUAUAUUUGCAUUUGAAAUUUAUUGGUCUUUAUGUGGAUGUUUGAGUGCAAUUGACGGCUAAUAAAAGCUCAAGGAACGUCAUAUUUUUAGCAGAACGAGGUUUAUAGUGCAGGAGAGACAGACAGCUUGUUAUUUUAUGAAAAUUGGAUUUCGAAAAAUAUUUUAUAUUUUAAAGAGUUCGCGGUCAAUAAUACAUUUUGGAUCAUGA